AUGGCCGUUCCAUAUGCCAAGACCAAGAAUGGGAUCGAGUCCCAGUUUGCGACCAACCAUCUCGGACACUUUGUGCUGACGCAGAGACUGAUGCCAUUCCUCAAGAAGGCUGCUGCUGAGACAGAUGGGUCCGGCGCCGUACGCGUCGUCAACGUCUCGUCGAGUGGUCAUCUGAUCUGUCCCUUCCGACCUGACAACAUCAACUUCGACGACGGCAAGACGUAUGACCCGUUUUCGGGCUACGGCAAGUCCAAGACGGCCAACAUCCUCUUCACCAAGGGCCUUGCCAACCGCGGCGUCACGUCGUUUGCCCUGCACCCGGGUCUCAUAUUCUCCAUACGCAUCUCGCGGACGGCGUCGAUAUCAGUGUGUUCCGUUCGAUCAACGAGAUUACAAAGAGGAACACUGGGAAAGAGUUUGGAAGCAUGGACGAGCCCAAGACCUUGGACCAGGGGCUGUGCCACCACCCUCGUCGCGGCGUUUGAUCCGUCUAUCGUCAACGCGAACGGUAGUUACCUGAGAGUCUGUCAGGUCUCCGAGGUCGCCGAGCAUGCCCGGGACGAAGCCAGUAUUGAGAAGCUGUGGGAGGUGAGUGAGAAGUUGGUGGGAGAGAAAUUCGUCAUCUAG